AGCCAAUGGCUGUGCUGGGGGGUGUCUAUGCAGAUGAGGCCGGGCAGGCGAGCCAAUGGCUGUGCUGGGGGUGGUGGUUAUGCAGAUGAGGCGGUGACAGCGCGGAGCUGCCGCCGGCGGAGCGGGUCGGCUGCGCUGGCCGGGGCCGUAGGGGCAGCAGCGGGAGCCCAGCCGGGGGGAUGAUCCGGGCGUUCUCCUUCCCCGUGAGCCCGGAGCGGGGCCGGCUCCGGGGCUGGUUGGAGGGGAGCCUGGCCGGGCUCUGCGAGCUCCACCUGCUGCGGGAGCGGCAGGAGCGCCGGGUGCGGCAGGCGCUGCGCCUCGGGACCGAGCCCGCCGAGCAGGCGGCGGCCGGGGAGACCGAGCCGGGCAGCGCUGCGGAGCCGGCCCCCGAGGAGCAGCUGGAUGCGCUGCCCGGGCUGAUGUGGGAACUGGAGCAGCAAGUGGGGGGGCUGCGGCUGCACCCCGAAAAGGCCUGCGGGGAGGCGGCCGAGAUGGACAGCUGGCCCAGCUCGGGUUUCUACGAGGGUGCCUCUUCCGCGGUGGCCUCAGACUCGCCGGCCUCCUGCUUCGGGGACUCUUCCGGCUUCCCCUCCAUCUCCGGCUCCUGCUCCCGCAUCGGCCAGGCCGAGUCACGUGGCAGCUACGCCAGCGAGCGCCCCAAGUCCGUGGGCGAGAUGGGCAGCAGUGUCAAAGACGGGGCCGGGCGGGGCAUGGUUCCCCGCUCCUACUCGGCCCCCUACUCCAGCUCUCAGGACUACCCCUCCGAGCCGCCCCCGCGCCUCCCGCCCCGGGACAGCCUGGACCCCUUCCUGUACCCCAGUCCCCUUCACGCUGUGGCCAUGCAGAACCCGCUGCUCCGCGGCCGCCUCUAUGACGCCACCCCCUUCUCACCGGGCAUGGCCUAUGGGGCGGAGCAGGCCGGGGGGCUGGAGGAGUUCGGGGGGCAGGAGCUGCCCUGUUAUCCCGAGGCCGCUCACUGCCACAAGGUGGAGAGCUACAUCUCGCGGCUGAUCCGCCGGCGCAGCCAGCUGGCGCGGGGCGGCAAGCCCCGGACUAGCCUCAACGCCGAGCCGCCCCCCAAGGCAGUGGCCCGCCAGAACAGCCUCUGCAAGAGGCCCUCAGAGCUGCUGGCCCCCCAGGCGGAGCGCAAGCACCCCCCAGCCAUGGAGCGGGGCAGCAGCACCCCCUCGCCCUGCGGCUACGAGGGCGGGGCCGGCGUGGCCCCCCGGAUCUGGUCCUCUUGGGACGCCGCGGCCGAGAGGACGCUGGCCGGCAAGGGGGCCCCCGAAGGCUACGCCCCGCCGCACUCCAGCCUCAAGAAGCCCCCCAAGCUGCAGGCACUGGCCCACCUCCGGCCUGCCCUGUCGGUGGAUCACUACGAGGAGGGGCCGGGCGAGGACGGUGCCCACGCCAGGAACGGCCAGGAACCCGCUCCCUAUGAGGAGAGGGGGGGCCGCCCCCCGCUGGCCUGCACCGAGGACGGGGGCUGCCAGAUGGUGAAGGCCCAGUACAUCCCGGCCCAGCAGCCGCCCCGCGCCCAGCAGGCCCACCGAGGCGCCAAAAAGAAGCCCCCUCCCCUCACCAAGGGGCGCUCGGUGGAGCUGUCACCAGAGCGGGCCCCGGUGACGCCCAGGGAGAGGCCUCGGGCAGCGGCGAUGCCCAAGAAGUGCCGCUUCACCGAGGAAGGGGGGGAAGCACCAGGGGGGCGCCGGGCUAGCGCCAGGAAAGGCUCCCCCCGGGGCAAGAAGGCGGCGCGCUCUCAGUCGGAGAACAGCCUCCUGAACAAGCCGGGCACCUCGGGCACCAAGUACCACACGGUGGAGCGGGACGAGGUGGUGCUCAAGCCGUCCCGGCAGCGCCGCCCCCACCCCGGCGCCGCCGGCUACCGGAAGUGGCGCUCGACGGCAGAGAUCUGCCAGGAGGAGGCGGGCGCCGGGGAGCCGCGGCGGAGCCGGCGGGCGGGGCGGAGCGGGCCGGGCGCCCCCUCGCCCCCCCGCAACGUGCUGUACGGUUACGCCGGGAGCGACUCGGAGUGCUCGGGCGGGCGGGGCGGCGGGGCGCGGCGGGCGCCCGUGUGCCGGCUGGAGGAGGGGCUGGCCUACGGCGACAGCGAGUCCAGCCUGAGCGAGGGCGGCUCGCCCGCCUUCAGCACCGGCUCCAGUGACACGGACGAGAGCAGCGGGCUGGUCUGGCCCCAGCAGCUUUCGCCGCAGCUGGUCGCCAGCGCGGGGCCCGGCCAGGCCGGCGGCCGGCCCAAGGUUUUCGUCAAGAUCAAGGCCUCCCACGCCCUCAAGAAGAAAAUUAUGCGCUUCCGCUCGGGUUCCCUGAAAGUGAUGACGACGGUGUGAGAUCCUGGGCUUGGGUGGGGGGUCUAAUCCCCCUUCGUCACCACCCCCGACCCAUACCCUCUCCAGCCUCCUCCACCCCACCAACCAACUCUGCCCCAUACUGCCCUAGCCUGGGGUAGCCUAACCCAUUCCCGGUCUAUGCCCCCUGCCUGGUGGUGGCCCCCAACAAACCCUGCCCCAUACUCCCCUUGCUUGGGGGGCACUGACACCCCCCCAUCUACUCCCUCAGCUUGGGAGUAUUCCCUGACCACUACGCCCUGGCCUUUGGUGGGGGGCUUGACUCUCACCCCCGCCAUCUACCUUCCCAAUCUGGGAGUGACCCUUUCCCAACCUGAUCCAAGCCCUCCAGGGUAAUCCAGCCCACGCCCACCCCCAGCCUGGGAAUGUCGCUUGACCUAAACCCCAGCCUGAUCUACACCCUGACCUGCCUUAGCCUGGGGAUUCCCCUCGGCCCCCUGACCCACCCUGGAUCCAUGCACCCCCAGCCUGGCGGGCCCCUGACCCACCCUGGGUCCAUGCACCCCCAGUCUGGCGGGCCCCUGAGCUCCCUCACCUCACACCCCCCACUCCUACUUACCUUGGGAGGGGCAUGUCAUCCCUCCCAGCUUUGGGGUCCCUCUGAUCUCCUUUCCCACUGGUCCAGUUCUCCUCCCAGGGUUGCCAGUUUUGGUUAGACCUAUUCCUGGAGGUUUAAUCACAUGACAUCAUCUUUAAUUAAAAAUUCGUCUUUAAUUCCUGGAGAGUCCAGGACAAUCCUGGGGGGGUGGCAACCCUGUCUCUUCCCCCUUUGCCCUGCUACCAGGUCCUCCUCCCCAAACCCUUCCCUGCCCGGCCCCGUGUUGCAAACCUCAGGCCAGAAGCUGGUAGGUUCAAGCCCCCAGGUUUAAUUUUUAGCAGAGGUGCAAGAUGCCCCCCUGCCCCCCACUAGUCUGCAAGGCCAGGGGGAUGCCAUGACGGGGCAGGGGGCGCUGGCUGCUGGGUGUCAGUGGGUUACAUUGCGGCUGGGGAGCAGGUGCUAAAAUUAAUUGGGGAGGGAAUUGGGUGGGGGAGCUGCAGUCUGCCCUGGCUUCCCUUCACCAUUGUGCGUGAGCGCUCGCUUCCUGGUGCAUGACGUGAGCCGCGUGCGAGACCCUCGCUUGGCACUGGGGAAACCCUGGUGCCGGGACGCUAGUGGUAAAAUCCUGAUGCCGAGCGGCCUCGGAGACACUAACGGUGAAACUGGGGCACUAGUGCAAUCGUGGGCCCUGGGGGUGAUGCCCCCUGCAUGGGGGGGGGUGAGCUGCAUUUGGGGUGCUGGUGAGGUGGUUGUGAUGCUGAUGCGAUCGUGUCUGAUUGGAUGAGCUCUUCGGGUCUGUUAAUGGUGACGCUGUGGGCACUAGUGAGCGUGUGCCAACACCCUGGCGGCUGGCACCGAGCCGGUUCAUCGCCUUGCAGAUUUUGUGGACUGCUGGGAUCUGGGCCCCACCAGGCUAACGGCAGCUUCUGGGUUAGGAUGGGCCUGUGUCUUUCCUUGCACCCGUGGAUCGUGCCCCAGGGCUUCGGUGUGACGGAUUAAGGGUGCAGAGAUCUCAGGGUGGUGGCACUCCCAUCCUCUCCCUUUGGGAGUCUCUGCCUGGGGGCACGGAGUCUGGCUACCUCCCGCCCCCACACACACAUGCUCCCACCGCUGCAGCUCAUCAGAUACUCUAGGAGCCCCUGAUGAGCGUGGUGGGGGCGGGACAGCAUUGUGGUCCCAGGGGCAUGAGAUACAGGGGCCUUUCCCCUCCAGCUCCCCAGUUCCAGUCCAGCCCAGCUGGGUAACGCUGCCCCCUCUCCCCGUCUGCAAUCAAUUUGUUGGGUCUCUGCUCACAGUGGGAGACACCAUGAGCCUGGGCGGUGCUCACCGCCUCCCCCACCCCCCGUGACAGGGGUCCCUCCUGGGCAGGGCUGAGACUGGCUCAGGGUAGCAUUUGGGGUGCAGGGGUGAGUUCCCCCUGCCCGGGGUUGUGCCCACUCUGGGGCUAGACCGGGAAGGAUCCCUCUCCAAGGGUCGCCAUCCGGCCCCAUCGCAGCAGCAGUUAAAAUCCCCCUCCCCGGUUAUGUGGGUUUCAUCUCUCUGCCAGGGCCGGUUACUAAGGAGAUCCAGCCUGUUCCUGAGCGCUACCCUGAAAUAGACACCGUGCCCGCUACACAGAUAAUUAACUUGCCAACAGGAGCCCAGCUUGUGUUAGUCCCCUGCUGCAGACCCCUGCCCCCCGGCUGGGCCAGCACUUCCAGGGCGCGACGUUCACUGUGUCGCAUGCUGUUUAAAUGAACGUAUUUAUUAUUCUGAUUUUCUAUCGUAACUCCUCUGGAGUCCGCGCUGUACAUAGGUACCUCCCUGGAGUCUGUGGCAAACCCCCCUGCCAGUCUUGUAUUUCUAUAUAUAAUUUCCCCCUCCCUGUCACCCCGUUUUUGUAAAUAAAAAUCUGUUAUUUGUGGAAGUGCCGCUUUACUGGCGGGGUGGGGCGGGGCAGGGAUUGAAGCACCCACAAAGUUAAGGGGGCGGGUUGCUGAGCCGUAUUUGUUAUUAUGGUAACACACAGAAAACCCCAAUUGAGAUCGGGCCCAGUCGGGCUGGGCGCUGCCCAGACACGCAGUGACCGAGAUCAGGGUCCCCGUCGGGCUGGGCGCUGCCCAGACACGCAGUGACCGAGAUCGGGGCCCCCCAUUGCAUACAGUGUAUGUCCGUGAGUAUGCAAACAAGUAGCUAGAUACCCUGGUGUGGCUGGGGAAAGCAGGCCACAA